AUGCCGACCCUACAGAAAGUGGCACGGCUCGAGAUCCGCGCGGCCGUCAGGCAAAUCUUCAGUGACCUCACAGGAUUUGCGCUCGGCAAGGAUGGACACAUCCUUGCCCCUGAGUUGGCUAAAGCAGAGGAUCAGCUCAGUGCGGACGCGAAGAACCUCUCUGCCUGGGCGAGGUGCAUCUUCGUCGUCUUUGCCGUCGGAAGUCCCGAGUACGAUUCGGACCCCCUGAAGACCUUUCGCCGUCAGCUGGAGCUAGCUGCAGAAGAAGUCCGUAGGAGCCUUAGGACAGGUCAGCCUUCUCAGGACGUGAUCAGAUGGAUUCUGAGCGAGUACUCACUCAAAGAACUGCAGAACGAGACCGGCAUUCCUGUCUACGACGUCUCACAGGAGGAGAAACACCUUGCUGCAGCACCACAGACAGGCAACCCUCACCAUCACGGCGUCUCCCUCCCUCCGCCUCAGGUUCCCCCGGCAUCACAGCACCACACUGGUCUCCCUCCCAUGCUCGCCGGCGUCACCUCGCCAGUUCUCACGCCCUCAUCGAUCCGCCUCCCGCGGAUGCUCACGCGUGAAGAGCAGGAGAAGCAUCAGCAGCAGGACCACAGUCUCUCCAAGCGUCGGCACGAUCACGCAAAUUUCGGGUACGGCCUCGGCUCGUCGAUGACCGCCAGGAAGGCAGCGAUCUACGGGACGACCCCUGAGGAAUGGGAAGCCCGGUCAGCCCGGCGUUUCUGA